UUGCUUUUGGUUACUUUGUUUUUAUUUCAGGCAAAUUGGAUUUUUUUCAAAAUCUUGUGGUCUUUCAAGAAAGUGCGAUUAAAGUUCAAAUGAAGAUUAUCAUAUUGAUUACACGGAAAUCUCUAUGAGACAAUUUGCCAUAGAAUAAAACCGUUGCAAUGACUAACGCUACGAUCCAGGAAAUAGAAGGUAUAGAUGACUACUGGGGCCCUGCAUUUCGAUCUGUGUACGAAGGGGAAGGGCAUGAAGCCUUCGUGCAGCAGUUGGACGAGAGAAUCAAGCAGCAUGACAAGGAAAUAGAGAAAUUAUGCAACUUUCACUAUCAAGGUUUUAUUGACUCAAUCCGUGAGUUGCUCAAAGUUCGAUCACAUGCUGAAGAGUUGCAUGCGGAGAUAUCCAAUGUCGAUGCCAAUGUCAAAGAAGCUACUGAAAGCAUCUGUACUAGAGCGGACGAGUUGAUAAGAGCUAGGCGGGUGGAGUUGAACAUAGCAGCGACCAUCGAGAAGAUGGAGCUGUGUCUGCCUCUGCUCACCACAUAUUCUAAGCUGAAGACACAGGUGGAGGCCAAAAGAUACUAUCCAGCCCUCAAGACCCUAGAGCAGUUAGAACACGUGCUUCUACCCCGAGUGGGCCCAUACAAGUGGUGCGGACAGAUCGCGGCAGACAUACCGCGGCUACGGCAAGCCAUACAAGAUGCUUCUAUGGCUGAUCUGAGAGACUUCCUCGAAGAAAUCAGAAGGCUUAGCCCACAGGUUGGUGCAAUGGCCUUGAGACAGACUCAAGAAAUUCUAGGCAGAAGUUUGGCAAGCAUUGUCAAAAACAAGAAAGAUAUGGCAGUGCUAGGCAUCUCAAGCAAAGAGGCCAUCGGUCCACAGUGUCCUCACGAGUUGGUCGACUUCAGUCCGCUGCACCGCUGCCUCCACAUACACAGCGUGUUGGGAGCCAAGAACGACUUCAUACAGUAUUAUAGAGCGCAACGAAAGCAGCAAGCGCGCCUCGUUCUCAUCCCGGCUGGGAAUCUCCACGACAACAUCCAAAGCGUGAAGAACUAUCUCAACGCCGUGCUAGGCUUCUUCAUCCUCGAGGAGUAUCUCUUAAGCGCUGGUGCGGGACUGGUCUCCAAGGACUGGCUGCUAGACACCUGGGGAAUGGCGGUCUCGAAGGUGGCUGCUACCCUGCGGACUAACACAUCACUGAUCACUGACCCCACGCUGAUGCUGAGUAUCAAGCACCAGAUUGUGCUGUUCAUCAAUACCUUGAAAUGUUACGGCCUCCCAACUGACCAGCUGCCGCUGCUUCUGCAAGAGAUGGCGGAACACUACACAGAAGUGUUGAUGCAGCGAUGGGUGGUUGUCUUCAGGGACAUACUCGACAACGCGGCGUUUACGCCUAUUGAGGUGGAAACUCAGGAACAAUAUGACGGUGUUAUGGAUACUUUCCCAUACGAGGGCGAGGAAUUAGAAACGCAACCUUUCCCGAGAAAGUUCCCAUUCUCGUCAAUAGUGCCCGCAGUGUACGUGCAAGUGAAAGAGUUUAUAUACGCCUGGCUGAAGUACUCGGCAGGGCUUGGUUUAGGCGGCAGUCGAAGAGCGGCCGCUGCGAGGCAUUCUGCAUCACUACUCCUUAGUAGAUCCUUCACUGGGUGCUUGUCAGCGCUGUUUAGAAGACCACUGCCUUUGAUGCAGCUUGUGCAAAUAAUAGUGGACACGAAGUACCUCGAAGAUGCGACACUAUGCCUGUACGAAUUCAUCAGCAAUAUCACAGGCUCUGAGCUAGUUACGACACAAACUGCUGGCAGUAUGUUCCAAGCGGCGCGUGACGAUGCCGAGCAACAAAUCUGCGACAAAUUAGAGAAAAAAGUCGACGAGUUUCUUGACUUGGAGAACUACGAUUGGCUGUUAGUUGAGCCGACUGGACAAGCGUCAGCAUUCGUGACUGACAUGCUAAGCUACUUGUCUGGAGUACUCACGUCUUUGGAGCAGCUACCAGAAAGGGCCAGGGUGGCAGCUGUAAGAGCGGCGACGAACCGCAUCGCGACGCGUCUCCGCAACUUGCUCCUGGAGCCGGGCGUGCGGCAGAUCUCGUCGGGCGCGCUGCACCAGCUGGACCUGGACGUCAUCCAGUGCGAGCAGUUCGCGGCCGGCGAGCCCGUGCCCGGCCUGCGCGACCAGGAGCUGCUGGAGCACUUCGCCAGCUUGCGACAACUUCUAGACCUAGUGAACGGUUGGGAUUGGUCUUCCUACCUCCACGAUGUAGGCAUCGAUGGAGGCAAGUACCACCUCGUCACGCCGCGCGACGCGGCGACUCUACUGGAGAAACUGAAGGAAGCCGAACAGAAGUCUUCCGUCUUCACCGUGCUGAAGAAGAACGAAAGGGACAGACGGAAGUUGCUCGACACCGUGUUGAAACAAUUGAAGCAGUUGCAGAAUCAAGAUGGAUCGUGAAGUUAGUGAUGUUUGUUUGUUUUAUCCGAAUAUAACUGAAACUUUUGCAUAAAUCGGACUAGAAAGAAGCACUAGUAAAGAAUGUGCAAUCAAGCAUAAAAUUCUAAUAUCACGUUUACUCCUGUAUUGGGAAGAAAUAGAAGCUAUCACUCGAUUGUUAUCGAAGAAUUUUAAUUUUGAAUCUUAACAUAAAGGCAGUAAGAAAGAAAGUUAUUUGAGCCAAUCAAUUGGUAAAAUGUUGCGGUAAAACUAAACAUAUUUUGUAGUGUAAAAUAAGUUAAAACUUGUUACAGUCCUAUCAACUUAAGCUGAGAAUUGCAUUUGUGUGAGUGAUCGCCAAAAGUACCGUUAGUAAAACACAUACAAAUAAAAUUAAUGUUUUAUUAAAAGGAAGUCUAUAAAACACUUGCUACCAAUUGGGCCGAUGUAACGACACUUGACACAUCCUUUUAAAUAAAUAAAAACAGGUCCUCGCUCAGCAUAUGCCAAGGCACGAAGUACCUCGACGCUGAUAUUCUGCGAGCACCGUUUAUAGAGAGGGCGUCCAGCCAGCCUUACAAAAUACAACAAAAAGACAAACUUUAUAAAAUUACAAAAUAAAAACAGACUAAAAACUUUUCGUUCACACCUUUAAAAUACGUAUUCAAUUUGCAUAAAAUUUCUUUCACUUGGCUGCUUAAUGGAUUUCGUACAGGAAAUUCACUUACAGUAGGAGCCAUUUCACUAAUAUUUGGAACACAAUUACAUUAAAUUACACGUAUCUGCUACCAGUACCGGGGGUGAAGUGAAGUAUGUGAGCGGCAAGGAAGCGGUGCGUGGCGGACGCGCCGCGCUUCAGGCCGCUUGCUAUAAAUAAACCGGUUUAAACCAUGCGCGGAACGCGCGCCGCGCUUCAAGCCGAUUGUCACUCUACACUAUCGGUGUGUACUCGCACAAAUGCAAUUCUCAGCUUAAGUUGAGAGGACUGUGUAUUUAUUAUCACGGUGCUUUCUUAACUGUACUCGUUUAAGAAUGUUUGUAUAUUGGCUUUGUUAUAGUUAGGUGUAAGGUUUUUAAUUUAAUCUUUGAAAUGCAAUUUAGUCAAAUAAUCAAGAAAGUUAAUAUUAAUUUAUCAAAUAUUAAGUGUAGCAGUUGAUAAAGUGCCUAUGGUCUAUUUUUUUAACUGAUUGAAGUCUACAAUUUGAGUACUUGCAAGGCUACUUAAAAAAAAACUUUUAAGUUUAACUAUUUAUUUACGCACUGUUUAUAAGAAAAAAAACCCAAAAUACUGAAUUUUCUAUUGGUGUUUGGAUUUAAAACUAAAAAGUAUUCACAAUUAACCACCAAUGAGUUUUUAUUGUAGUGAUAGAAUGCAUUUACAUUAUUUAAAACAAACAAUUCGUUGUACAUCAAUAAAUUAUUUAUUUUACCUAAUAA